AUGGCAAGGAUAAGGGAAAAACAAAAUUACGUAGGGAUAAGUAUAUGCAGCGGAAGGAUAAAACAACAAAGGGAACUCAACACAAAUUUUGUGUUGGAACAAUAUAGGAGCAAAGAAGUAAGGGCAAGAUUAAGUAGAGGCAAGCUGAGCGAUAUCACGUUGCUGAAAUUCUCCUACUGCCUGCCGAGACGUGUUGGAGACGAGGCGCCUCUGUUUUUCGGUGAGGAGGCAGAGCUCUCGGGUCAUGAGAGUCAAAUCCAAACGACGCCAAUUGUGGGGCCUUCCGACGAGUCCUAUUAUCUAAAUGUGACGGGUAUAAGCCUGAAUGGAUCGAUUCUUCCGAUCGAUCCAAAGCUGUUUAUAUCCGAGAGCGACUAUGGAGUUGCUAUAGAUUCGGGCUCGCAGUACUCUAUGUUGGUGGACGGAGUUUAUCAAGCCGUGCGCAAGGCCAUGGUCUCCUACUUCGUGGACGAGUGGCUGGUGCAGCCUCUCAACAAAACUAAGUCCGGAAUGGACCUCUGCUAUGACAUCACAGACAUAGCAGCAGCAGCAACAACAAUAGGAGGAGGAGAAGGCCCAGGCAGCCAGCUGUUUUCGGUUGCACCGCCGAUGGUGUUUGAAUUUGAUGGCGCCCACCUCGAGUUAAAAGAAGAAACAACUUUUCAACUUUUUGAUGAAUUCAAGGAAUUCUGCUUGAUGAUGGGGGCAUCCAAAGAUUUUUCAGGAAAUAUUUUCGGAGCAUUCCAGCAGUUCAACCACAGAUUUGAAUAUGAUGUUGGGGCAUCCAAGUUGUCAUUUGCUCCAGAAAGAUGCUGA